GUAUUGAUAGAUUGAUGAAGGAAAGUCGGUUAAGAAAAGGAAUUUCGGUCUUUUCAGUUCUCCCGGUAUCUUCUUCUUCUUCAAUAAGAAGAGAAUAGCAGAGGGUCCUCUUCCUUCUCAGGGACGUCUCAGGUCGUCUGUUCUUCCUUCUCGGUUUGUUGAACCUGAAGUCUUUGUUUGCUAAAAUCCUUAUAUCCGUAAAGUUGGUGAGAAAUGAAGAUGAGGAUCAUUGCUCUGUUCUUUGUCGUUCUUGUUUCAUUGUUUUUCGUGGAUGCAAGAAAUUUCUUCUCAACUCAGUAUUCUGGAAAAUUAGCUGAGAAUGGCGUGACCUCUGUCAAAAUCCAGCCUGCAUUCUGGUCUUCUCAAGGCUUGUCACCAGAGUUCAUCUGUCUUUCAUGCUUGGAGGUGUCAAGAAAUACUAUGAAAGCAUUAAGCGAUCCAUUACUACCAGAGAAAGUCAGCACAUUCGUGAAUGAUGCUUGUCACAUUCUUCCUUCAGACAUGCGUGUAAAGUGUGUUGAUAUGAUUGGGGUGCACAUCAAUCAGGCUAUUGUGUUUCUUCAAGACUAUUUCAGCGAGGAAAAUCUCUGCAACAGUACAGGGUUGUGCCCUUCAAAGGCCAAUACCUUUCCAAUGUUAAACUUGGGCAAGGAUCUACAUUUAUCACUAUCCCAUAAUUUCUUGAGUAAGCCUGCAUUGCACCCCAAGCCUCUGCCUAGAGUGCAAAUUCCGUCUUCUAUGUUACAAAAGUUCACUAAUAAGAUAUCAGAUGACAAAAACUGUGGCGCAUGCCAUACUGCCGUGGAAGAUAUACGUGAUCAUUUGGAGGAUCCUGACAUGAAGAUUAAGGUAAUAAAGAUUCUUCUGAAGGCUUGCAACAAUGUUGAGAACCAUGCCAAAGAAUGCAAAAGAAUGGUUAUGGAGUAUGGUCCUCUGAUUUUGGCAAAUAUUGGGAAAUAUUUAGAUAAUAAUGACUUCUGCAGCAUUGUUCAUAUAUGUAAACCCUCGACCCACGACACUUUGACGACUACAGAGGAUUUUCAUCCAAUUAUAGAGUUGCCAACCAGCUCCAGUGGUGCGAUUUCCAAAUGAAUCAUCUCAGGGGAGGAAAUAUAAGAACAAUGCUCCAUCAACGUACAUAAUGCUUCCCUGAUUGCAUGUUUUGCCUUGAUGGCCUGUUGCCACGAAGGAAUAUUGAAAGGACAAACUUGUGAUAUAGUCAGUGAUUACAUGGUUUGGGUACUGGGGAUAUGAGAUGCCCCUUGUAAAGUAUUAUGAAGGAGUUUUUGCCCCCAAGCAGCGAGAUAAAAGAUUUGGACUGUUAACUAUGCUUGAAUGGUAUACACCCACAAGAAUAAAAGUAUCCGAUGUAAAAGUCGUCAUUGGAUAAUAUCUGGUGACUUUGAUACUUAGAUGAUUGAUUAUAAUGUAGCACAGGACGCAUAAUUCAGAAGUA